UUGCUUUUCCUUUCACGUGCACUCGUGUCAUCGCGCUUGCGGUCGAACUUCGCAAUCUCCAAAAUCUGCAACUCAACUGCAGCUCUUGAGCUAUCGCUCACAUAGUCUUAUGCAGCCCUUGGAUGCAUUGCAUCAUAACAGCUUCUGCUUCUCGACCUCGGGAGGCUGUUGAAUGUGCUCUGACGACUGGGUGAAGGAUUAUAAGGAACUCAAGAGAUUCAAGCUGCAUUUCGCUCAGGCUGAGGAGACGUGCUCGAUAUAUAACAACGCGACUCCUCUGGAGUCUGCGCAUGAUCCAACACGCCACGACUUCAGAACGAAACAAGGCAGCCACUUCAGCUGUGGUUGUUACUAUUCAUAUCGCAGCUUGAUGAGGCAGAUUAGAGGUUUAACCUCUUCUGACAACGAUAGCGCAUACUGUACAUUGCACACGCAUUUCACGUCCAAUCGGCCAUUCAGGCGUUCUGCCAUGUUCACGGUGGGCGGCCUCCCAGGCGUCCGUCGAACAAGGACCGGUACCAUGAUGUAUACUCUGUGCUCAAGAAUGGCUUGCACGCGGCGACUGCUGCCCCGCGUUGCAAGUCGAAGCUUCACAUGCGACGCUCUUUCGUGAACACAGCCACACUGCAACUCGGUGUUUCGGAACCCCAAACCUGUCCUAUUGAACAUGCUGUCUAAUCGUGGUCGCAGAUAUGCGGCCUUGGAUCUGGCUGCAGGCUACACCAAAAAUCGUGGCCAUCUCUAUGACAAGACCAAACACCCAACAGGUUUAGUGUCUUUCAGCAAUGCGGAAAACGUUAGUCUGAGUUGAUU